UUUCCAAAAUAUCGCAACCCUAAACCGGUGCAGCGUUGUCGUGCAGGCAUUUCUCACGACACUACAUCGCUCUACCAGCCGGAAAGAAGACGGGUUUAUUCGCAUGGCUUGUGUUCUAGGGUGAGAUCUCUCGUUGCCGCAUAGAGUGCCGUUUUAGCAUCGAAUGUAUGCACUCCUGGGCACAGAGACCGCCCUUCUGCAGGGUUUGCUGUCUAUGGAUGGUAGUGCGGUCAACACGAGUGUACCAUUGGGAUCUGACUCCGGGUAGGGUCAACAAGCGUGGUUUCUCUGUGAGAUAUCCCGGUCUCGCUGUGUGUCCUUCUGGCGCGAAAGAGGAUUUGCAGUCUCUUGUUAUCUCUGCUCAGGCUAACGGUGCCCUGAUAUGCCGCUUCCAAAUAGGAAAGAAUCAAUCUCCACGAAUGCCUGAUGAGGUUAUAGAAAAUCGAACAUGUCUUGGUUCCUCCUCUAGGAACGAAACCGAUCUCCCAAACCGCGAUCCUUAUGUCGUAUUCUGGGAUUAUACCCACAGAUUGCCCCCAUGGGUCUCAUUUCCAGUAGCGGUAGUAUCGACAUCGAGUGGUCAGAAUCCCACUGCACACAGAGUAGUGGAAUUACUUGGUUGGGCCGUCCGGAAUAUCAGCAACCGAAGAGGCCAAGCUCAGAUAAGCGGACACAUUGGAUCGAAGCGACGUCGGUAGUUCAGUAGUUGCGACAGUAAUAUCAUCGGCUCUCAUAAGUAAAUAAAAACUUGUCGAGAUACAUGGUAUAUUAAAUAGGGC